UACAAUUUUUUAUUGGUUUUAUGCUGCGUAAUUAUUUCGUGAAUUAAAUACGUAGACCUGUAAAAAUGAAUGAACAACGAAAAAUAAAAGUUUUCAUGGAUAAAGACGCUAGUGACAAUUUUCUCUUUGAUAUUUCGAAAAUAUUGAUGCAGUUUUAUGAAACGCCAGUAAUUUUUUUCACCAAGAAUGAUUACUCUGACAAAAUAUUUAAUACUUUAUGUUCUUUGCGGUCUGCUUUGCAAGGUGAAUCAGAUUCUCAGAUUGUUGAUAUAAUUGUUGAUUUUCAUUUAAAUUGGCUUCAUGCUAUUAAUGACAUAGAUCAAUUUUACAAACGAUUAAAUGAUCUUCCUAGAGAAGAGGUUUUUCAGGCGAUAAGUUACACAAUAGAUGCUCUCGGGUUUCGUCUUAACUAUUAUCACAAAUAUAUGAAUAAAUGGAAACCAUCUUUAUCAAAUGACCUACAGGCUAAUCUUAAUGCUGAAAUAGAAAUUGUGGAAGAAAUGCAUACAGAAAUCACAAAAGUUCUACUAGAUAAACUAAAAUGUUUCAGAAACUACUCUUCUGAUACUGAGUUCAAAGUUAAGGUUUCCAGUGCUGUGGAAGAAUUAUUAAACUGGAUUGAUAAAAUUACCGAUAGUCUAGCAUUUGAACUUAGCAAAUAUAUCAAUAUUCAUGUACCUCAUCUUAGUGGUGAUUUAACAAAAACUUUGCAACAAAUUAUUGAUGACUUGCAUAGUUCGAAUUCAGAAAGUGCUCAACGGAUGCUAGAACAUUUAAAACAGAAAGGUAGAGAACUUGGUGCUAUGAUUCGGUCCACAACCAGCCACGACUUAGAAAUAUGUAAGGUGAUUGAAAAGAUAAAUAUUUUGGAAGACCGUAUAUCACGGUUAGAACUUGAACCUACAUCAGCCGCAAGAAUGGCUUUGGAAAAGAAAAGAGAUUAUUUGGAGAAAAGGUUGAGCAUGCUUGAUAGUUUGAAAACAACACUGAAAAGUAUGCAGCAGCUAACCGAAGUACACUUAGAGUCUGUACCUGAUGAUGAGCUAUGUGUCUGUAAAGAUUUUUUUGAGUUUAGGAUUUUCAAUCAUGAUUUGCAGCCAGAAGAUCGUGAACAUUUGGUUACCGAGUUAUGCUACCUUUGGGAUUUAGCUGUUUUUGGUGAACGCAGCCAUAAAUCUUUUAUUUCUAUUUUAAGUGCAGCUGAUAUUAAAGAAGAAUAUACCGAUGAAUUAGGAACAUUUUACAUUGAUGAACAUAGUAGAAAAAUAUAUAAAUUACCAGAUGAUGAUACUCUUUACCAACCAAAUGAAAAAAAUGAACUUGUUCCAUUAAGUGAUGAUAGUGAACAUGUCUUCUUCUAUGAUGAAUGUGGAAGAUAUUUUAGGGACCCUAAAACCAGGCAGCGGGUCUAUAAAGCCUAUCAAACUGCUAGUGAGUACAUGAUGGAUAAUACAGGUAUUUUAUUGAAAGUGAAAGAAGAACGCGAUGGGAUAACUUACUAUUAUGAUAACUGUGGUCGCUAUUAUAUUAACAGUGAAGGAAAACACAUUUACCGCGAUGAAGACUCUGUCAGUGAAUAUGAAAAUGAUGGUUUUGGAAACCUUGUGCGUAUCCGAAGUCAUGCAGAUAUGUUUGAAUUAUGUCCAAGCGAUGCUAAUGUAACUGAAGAUUUUAAAUAUUUAAAACUAAAUGUUGGCAAAGCUUUACAGGAAUGUAUUUCUGAUGUAAUACUGCAUCAACCAGCAGAUCCUAUUGAAUAUUUAUCAGCUCGCCUUGUUACAUAUAGAAAAAAUAUUGAACUACGUGAGAAACGUGCUUGUGAAAAAGAGGAAUUAGACAUAGAGCGAGAAAUAAGAAUUGCUGAAGAACGUGCUGAGGCUGAACGAGCUGCAAGAGAAGCUGCACUACAGACUCAAGGUGGUAGUGAAGCUAGCUAUGAUUCGAAUCUUUAUAAAUACAAUUCAAUGCAUGCUGCUGAUGCAGACUCAUUUGUUCAAAGUUCACAUUAGAGCGUUAUGUAUAUUUAUAAUGAUGAUAUUUGUUUUUGCUCUAUUAUUUUAAUUGAUUUUGUCUGAUUUGAAAUUAUUUAUAAAAAAGAUAUUAAAAGAGAAGAAAUGGAGGUAUUAAUGGCUCUAUUAUGUUAAAUUAACCCUGAGGGGAGCCUUUUCGAUUUUCCUUUUUUACCGACCUAAUGGUAAGGAUUUGCCUGUCUAGCAAUAUACUAGCCGGCCCGAAGGCUCCAGUAGAUAUGGUCUAUACCUAAAUUCCUAGUUCUAUAAAUCAUUAGCAGACGGAUUAAUUUUGUUUACACGUCUCAGGGUAUGACGUCAUCGCAUUGAUUGUAGCAGUAGAAUGUAGGUGUCCCUACAAUCCCUAUUUGUGUUUCAAAAAAUAUUAUUAAAGUAUAUUUUUUAUUUUGUAUAUAUUUAUUAACAGAAUAUCAUCAAUCAUCGGGUCUAAAUUACGUUACAAAAAAACAAAACUAAGCAAUAUUAUUGUUCUACCGGAAUCUCAUUGAAAAUAGGGAAAUAAAAAGUUGUUGUGGGAAAUACUGGGGAAAUUGCAUUAAAUGAUCUUGAUACUGUUAAA